AUGUAUUGUUUUGUAUUUUCAGCGCCAGAUCCGAAUCGCCUCUGCCCAUCAACAAGUUUUAAAUGUAAAUCAGGUCAUUGUAUCUCCUACUCAUUCUAUUGUGAUCAUAAAGUGGACUGCCCCGAUAGUUCGGACGAAGCAGAUUGUAUAUACCCUAGCUGUAGCGCUACUGAGUUUGCGUGUGACGUUGGUCGUUGUUUGGAAUCUUCACUGAGAUGUAAUGGAAUUUCGGAAUGUAUAGAUGCAACGGAUGAAUUGAAAUGUGCUGAAUGCAGUGAAGGUUUCCUGCGAUGCAGUGAUGGGAAAUGUUUACAUUUAAAGUAUGUAUGUGAUGGAUUAUCCGACUGUCCAAACGAAAUAGACGAGCCUAUUUGCUCUGACCGCCUUCCAUGUGAAAACUGGCAAAUAAAGUGUGAGAAUUACGUUUGUGUGGAUCAGCGGUAUAUAUGUAUACUUGACUAUGAUGAAUAUGAAACCAUUCUUGGCUGUAGAGAUCGCAGUCAUUUAUAUAAUUGUGCUGCUUUUCAGUGCCCAGCCCACACUUACAAGUGCCCUAACUCUUUCUGCAUCCCAAUCAAGGGUCGAUGUGAUGGUAAAAACGAUUGUAAUAACGGAGAAGAUGAACAAUAUUGUGAUCAUUAUAACUGUCCCGGAUAUUUUAAAUGUCAAGAUGCCAUAAAUUGUAUUUCUCAAGAUCGUGUCUGCAACAAUGUCAAAGACUGUAUUCGUGGAGAUGAUGAACUUUUUUGCAAUGUAACGUGUCCUGGUGGAUGUACCUGUAGUGAUCUUUCUUUUAACUGCUCUGGAACAGAAUGGGGGAAGGACAAAGGUGCUCUUAUUCCAAAAGAUAUACGAUACUUAAAUGUUAGCGGAAUUUCGUCAUAUCCUGUCGGUUCGGUGGAUGAGCUACUUUCUGCCAAUCUCAGUGUUCUCAAGUUUCUGACUAUUUUGGAUAUCUCGGGAAAUAGUAUCAUGGCAAUAAAAAACUCAGACUUUGACCAGUUGAUGAAUCUACAAACACUUCGCAUCCAAGACAACAUGAUAACAUCAUUAAGUGGUGACGUCUUUAAAGGUUCACACAAAUUGAAAUAUCUUGAUAUACAUGGUAACGGACUGAAGUCAAUAGACAUAGAAACAUUCGCAGGAUUAGCAGAACUAGAAUAUCUAGAUAUAUCGGGAAAUGAUAUUGGCGAGAUCGAUAAAAAUAUAUUUAAGGAUCUGACAUCUAUUAAAAGAUUAAUCUCCGAUGAAUACGCAUUUUGCUGUUUACUAAACGAGAAGGAUGAUGUCAACUGUACACCAGAUGCUGACGUUUUUUCGUCGUGCGCAAAUCUGAUGCAGAAAGAGGUCCUACGAGUCUUUUUAUGGAUUUUCGGAUUGAGCGCACUUCUUGGGAACAUGUUUGUGAUCGCAUGGCGAAUGAGAAACCGGCCUUCAGUUAAAAGUCCUUCUUACACACAGUCUUUUUUGAUCAUAAAUCUUGCAGUAUCAGAUGCCCUCAUGGGUGUAUAUAUGUUGAUCAUUGCAAGUGCUGAUGUGUAUUAUCGUGAUGAUUACGUUACACAUGAUAGAUAUUGGAAAGGAAGUUUUAUUUGUAACUUUGCGGGAAUCUUAGCUUUUCUGUCAAGUGAAACAUCGGUAUUCACUCUGACUGUGAUUAGUUGUGACAGAUUUCUUCACAUAGCAUUUCCAUUUAACAGAUUUCAUCUCACACAAAGAUCGGUGAAACGAGUGGUAGCAGGCGGUUGGGCAAUAACGUUGAUCUUGAGCAUCAUCCCAGCACUGCCAUCUUCUUACUUCAACAAUGAGUUUUAUGGCGUAACAAGUGUCUGUUUGGCAUUACCAUUAACAUCAGAAAGAGUACGAGGAUGGGAAUAUACUGCUACACUUUUUAUUGGUGUCAAUAUGUUUUGUUUUAUAAUAAUCUUUUUAUCUUACUCUGGAAUUUUUUUUCUUAUUAAGAGAUCUAGCGCGAAAGUUAAACAAAUGAGUACGAUAGAUUCUGCAAAGAAAGAGCAACACAUUGCUCUCGCUGUGCGAAUGGUUAUUAUUGUCGCGACAGAUUUUCUUUGCUGGGUUCCAAUCAUAAUCAUGGGGAUAUUGUCGUUGACAAGACGAGUCGAUAUACCGCCAGAGGUUUACGCCUGGGCAGCAGUCUUCAUAUUGCCAAUUAAUUCCGCAAUAAAUCCGUUUUUGUAUACGAUCGCAUCAUUGAAGAAAGUUCGAAAACGACUCAAACCUUCUAAAGUGCCCCAGACUGAAAAAUCUGUUGUGAGUAUUGAUGCAAGUCCGAGUAAACAUCAACGUAAAAAAGAAGAGUUGUCUGUUGUGAAUAAUAUAGAAGCUCUACUAAAUUCUGAGAUUAAUACUGGCAAAAAUGCAGUAGAUGCUGAAAUAUAUGAGCACCUUUCGAAGGCAUUGCAAUUGGCCAAACAAGGAAAGAAAAACAAAACACAGGUGGAUGUGGAAAAUCAUGUACUGCCGGUUGCCGUCGUUGACUCUAACCAUUCACAGCAAGUGGACGCACAAGUGAUAAGCAAUUAUACAAUGACCGUCGAUAACCCCGCAUUUGAUGCCGAUUCUUAGCGUCUCU